UUUGGGUUUAUUUGCAUGUGGAGAAAGAGACAAGCGAGUAUUCGUUGACGAAGACUUGACAAAUCAACGACGACUUGACGCAAGACUUACCAAGUCACUACGUUAUAACUUCCUUCUUAAAGAGAACCAGUGAAGCAUACAUCAGCAUAACUCAUUACUUUUACAACUUAAACUCAAAAAGAGAGAUGAUGAUUCGAAACCAUUGUUAUUGCUUUUCUAGUAUUAUUACCAUCUUUGUCUCCGUUGCAAUCCACAGUACUCUUGCUUCUCCUACGCUCAACUUUUGCCGCCAGGACCAGAGGGAUGCUCUUUUGGAAUUCAUGCACGAGUUUCCUACUGAGAAGUCUUUUCCAAGUUCGUGGAACAAAAGCAGCGAUUGUUGUCUUUGGGAGGGAGUCCAGUGCCAUAAUAAAUCUGGCCAGGUUAUAUCACUCUACCUUUCUACUAAAUCUCUUAACGGCUCUCUGAAAACAAACAGUAGCCUUUUCAAACUCCACUAUCUUCGUGGUUUAUUCCUUACUAAUUGCAAUCUCCAAGGAGAGAUUCCUUCUUCACUAGGAAACCUUUCUCGUCUCACUCUAUUUCACCUUUCUUAUAAUCAAUUGGUAGGUGAGAUUCCGAUUUCAAUCGGCAAUCUAAACCAACUAAGAUAUCUUACGCUUGAGGAUAAUGGUCUCAUAGGAAAAAUCCCAGCUUCAAUUGGCUAUUUAGACCAGCUAAGAGAACUAUACCUUGGGUAUAAUAAUCUCACAGGAGAGAUUCCUUCUGCACUAGGAAACCUUUCGCAUCUAUCUAAUCUUGAACUUGUGUAUAAUAAACUGGAAGGUGAAAUUCCAACUUCCAUCGGAAACCUCAGUGAACUAAGAGACAUUCGGCUGAGUUAUAACAUGUUAUGUGGUAACCUUCCUAUUUCAGUCACCAAUUUAACGAAGCUUUCCACUUUUGACAUCCACUCUAAUAACUUCACUUCCAUGCUUCCAUCUAACAUGAGUGGAUUCCACGACUUGGAGGUGUUUGAUAUUGGUGAAAACUCAUUUUUCGGACCUUUUCCUCAUUCUUUGUUCAAAAUUCCCUCGUUACGAUCGGUUAAUUUAGGAGGAAACCAUUUCACGGGACCUAUACAGUUUGUGAAGAAUACAUCUUCAUUAUCAUCUGAGCUUUAUUAUCUAGGCCUUUCUCAUAACACAUUCAGUGGCCUGAUCCCGGAAUCCAUAUCUGAAUUUCUCAACCUUGAAGAGUUACAUCUUAGCAACAAUAGUUUCAGUGGGCCAAUCCCUUGUUCUAUAUCAAAGUUAGUCAAUCUCGAUUGGCUUGAUCUUUCCAACAACAACUUGGAAGGUGAAGUACCAAGUUGUUUAUGGAGAUUGAGUACGCUGAAGCUUAUGGAUCUAAGCUCGAAUCAUUUCCGAGGAUCAUUUCCCCAUUGGAUCUGCAAGCUAAAAGAUUUAAUCUCAUUAGAUUUGUCCAACAAUCUCUUCAACGGCUCUAUUCCUCCAUGUUUAAGGAACUCCAUUGAUUAUCUUACAGACAUGAUUCUGAGUAACAACAGUUUCAGUGGAACUCUUCCAGAUAUAUUUUCCGACGCUACAAAUUUACAAAUGAUCGACGUUGGUCGUAACCAUCUGGAGGGAAAUCUUCCAAAAUCCUUGAUUCAUUGCAAGGCUCUGCAGCUUGUGAAUGUGGAGUAUAACAGAAUCAAGGACAAGUAUCCUUCUUGGUUGGGAUCUCUACCAUCACUAAAUGUUCUCAGCCUCAGAUCAAACAAGUUUUACGGGCCAUUGUAUCAGCAGAAUGUAUCCAUUGGGUUUCAGAGUUUAUGCGUCAUGGAUCUUUCACAUAACGACUUGAGUGGAACUCUUCCACCUUCCUAUUUUUCCAACUGGCUUGGAAUUACCAAAAUAUACAACUUCACAGAAAUGGUCACAGGUUACAACCUAAGGUUUGGCUACAGCUAUGAUUUUAGAUCGAUGGAAAUGGUGAAUAAAGGAAUAGAGAUGAGGUACGAGAAAAUCCGAAAAGACUUCGGAGCCAUCAAUUUGGCUGGAAACAGACUUUACGGCAAAAUACCUGAAUCUAUAGGCCUCCUGAAGGAACUGCGUCUUCUCAACUUAUCAGGCAACGCAUUCAGAGAUGACAUCCCACUAGCCUUGGCAAAUCUGACCAAUCUCGAGACGUUGGAUUUAUCGAGUAAUAAGCUGUCUGGUCAAAUCCCUCACGAU